CUAUAGUAGCAAGUGAAACUUUUAAAACGAUACAUGUUUAUUGUACGUCGUAGAAAUAACUAGUCACCUAGUUCAUAUAACAAUGACCUAAGAACUAUGAAAAUUAAUUAUGCCAUUUCUAGUUUUGCUUAAUAACCGUGAUAAGUUUUAGUGGUAACUUUGGUUUUUAUUAAACAUGUCGAGAAUUUUACCUCUUUUGUGUUAUACUUUUAUUCUUGUUUUGUACGGAUUUUCUUUCGUUAUUUUAAGAACAAAUCAUCAUGAUUUAAAAUUAAAUGAACAAGCGAUGAAGAUAGUCGAUCAGAUGAGAAAAUAUGAAUGGUUUUUUUUUACGGUUUGGAUCUUUAUGCUCCAAAUAUUUUUCCUGAGUCUUGCGAUUCUAGAUGAAAUAUCAAGGCUAUUGAACCUACCUUCUGGGCUUCAAAAACUUCUAGGAAAAUCGAGGGCCUACAUAUUCAGCAGUCUCGUAUUUCCAGGCAGUGCCUUAGUUGUAUUUACAUUUUGGUCAAUUUGGGCUGUGGAUAGAGAAUUAAUAUUUCCAAAAGUUAUGGACACUUUCUUUCCAGCGUGGUUAAAUCACGUUCUGCAUACAUUUAUACUUAUUCCUUUGGCAAUUGAAAUUUUACUGCCCAAGACGGAUAAUUUUAUCAAAUUCAAGAGUGCAGCACCUACUUUGCUCUUCUAUUCCGGAAUAUAUCAAGUAUUAUAUUUCUCGAUAUAUCUUAGAGAUGGCGUAUGGUUGUAUCCAGUCUACAAAGCGCUCAACAUUCCGCAAAUAUUUUUAUUCAACCUAUUGCAAAUGUUCUUAAUUUUAGGAUUCCAAUAUUUAGGUAUAUCGUUGCAAAAUACCAAAAUGAAGAAAACUGAAGUUGGAAGAAAGAAAGUGAAGUGAUUCAAUGUUUAUUUAGGGACACAAUUUUUAGCAAUAAAAAUUGAUCGAA